ACUGUAAAAUGUAACUGAUGAUCUUACUAAUAAAAUUAAGUGAAUCUAACUUAUUUUGAAUAAGUUUAUUGACCUUACUAAGUUUAAUAAAGUAAGGUCAACUUUUUAGCACGGAAAGUUAAUAAACUCAAAAUAUUCAAUUACCCUCUACUUAAAAUAAUCAGUAUUUUGAAAAUAUUCGAGUUGUCAUGCGCGGUGCUUCCAGUAGGUGGAGCCGAUUUGAAACGGAAACGGAAUAACAUUAUUUCUGGUGAAGAGCACAUGGAAAGUGCUUGUUUUGUGAGAUGACUUGAGACAUGCAAUGGAAAUGAUUUCAAGAGAGCUUCAUCGUGGAACACCCUUGCCGCUUUUGCAUGGUGAAAAAGAGUGAAAUUCAACAGAAAGACGUACUGUCAGGAAGAUUUGAACCCAGGACAAAGGUGAAUCAUGACAGGUUCACAGAACGCAAUGGAGACAAGAACUAUACUUAGAGUGAUAGUGAAUGAAAAUGACAUACGGAAAAUCACACUGCAUAGUAAACCACAAACUUUGGAGACAUUGAUGGAGCAUCUUGAAGAGAAGUUGGGUCUUCCAUACAAGUUUUCUCUUCAGUACGAAGAUGCUGAUUUUAACAAUGCACUAAUUAACCUCACAGACAUUGCAGAUUUACCUGAGAGGCCCACCUUAAAGGUGAUCUCUCUUGUUCCAUCUCCUACAGCAAGUACAGCUGACACAGACAUUGUAUCUUUGUCUUCUGAAGAAGGGUCAUCUCAUGUACGCCAGGCUCAGUGGCCAGAGACAUUUGAAGUCCCCAAUUUUCCUGUAGAUAUUGAGAUCCGAUUGCGCCAAGGAAACCUUCUGUAUAUGAGAGACCAGACAUAUAUGCAAGUUCCCAGGGACAUGAAGCACGAAAUUCUUGAAAAACUUGCUGAGUGUAUGUACAGCUUCAAAGCAUAUCCCUCUGACGACGAUUUCAAUGAUGUUGCAUCUUCACUAGUCAAAAAACAUCCAUGCCUCACUGAACCAGGUUCCUCCACUGGAUGGAAUGGCUGGAAGAACAGCCUCAAGUUUAAAAUGGGAAAUUACAGAACGAAGCUACGACGAGCUGGAUGCACAGAUGUUCUUAUAAAUGUAGGGAAAAGGGGAGGCCAAGAUCCUUUGAGAAGUGUUAAAAGGCCUAAACAUUUUGAAAUCAAUUUUCUUCCCAAUUAUCCUGCUGGUGAGGAUGAGUGCAGCAUGGAAUCUAAACGCUUACAACUUGUGGAGGAAAUGAAAAAAUGUCAUCCAAGUUCCACCCUGAUAUCACAGAACAUGGAUUCCACUUUUUCCUUGAGGAGAAAGGAGAUUGUUGAGAUUGAGUCUCCAGUAAAAGAGACUCUUCAAAGAUGGCCAUCACUCUUCACAGAACGACAAAUCAAUGCAGAGUUUGUUCGCAUAACAAGCAAAAACCUCAAGCAAGAUUUUUUCACAGCACUUGAUCAACAUACAGCUCGAUUUCUGAAAAUUUUUGAAACCAAAAAAGGGGCAGUUGGAAAAAGGCUUUCAGAGUUUCUUGAUCAAAUUAAGUUGAAGGGCACUGACAUCACUGCUAAUCGCACAGCAGUUCUUCGUGGACUUCCUCUCCUUCUUGGAGAAGAAACCUCUGACUUUUUCAAAGCAACAUUGGACUGUGAUUGUGACAUACCCCAGAUUUCCAUCGGGAUUCUGACUGUGAUAACAGAAGGCAGCCAGGAUUCUUCACAAGCACUGCAUUUAGAGAAUUCACACACCGCAAUUAUCCUUGAAGGAGCCAUUGUGAUGGACAAUAUUGAAAACCUCCCGGAUGCCAUGUGGCUACUUUUUGGGCUGAUAUAUGCGCUCAAUUUGGAGUACCCUCCACAGCUCAAGAACACCUUUGAUUUUAUUCAAAGAGUGUUUCUUUCUCUGGGACACAAAUCCCUGAAACCAAAACUACAGUCCCUUAAAAACAUGCUGCUCAUGUAAGUGAAGGCUCUU